AUGUCUGGACCUGGUUCCAUUUCGCGCAAACGCGUUGGAUCACUUAGCCAGCAAUCAUCACUCCCUCCUCUCGACAUGCAGACCAUCCAAAUGCCAUCAAAUCCUCAAAACGCCCUGGCGAUAAAAACAGCCGCUCUCUCCUCAAAUCGCUCAUUAUACCAAAUAUGUAGUCAACUUAAGAGACGACUAGGCGGAGUAGAGGACUUUGCGGGGUUUCUCGAAAUGCCACCAGACGCCGAGCGCCUGGACAUCGUCUCGCACAUGUGCCAUGUUCUUCGACUCGGCUCUUCCCUCUGUCACCUGUACAACCUCCUUAUCCCAUCCUUUGUCGACCCUACCUCUGGCGUCUACGCCGACCUCCCCGCACCCCGUCAAAUCGUCUACGAUUUCCCCAACUUUAUCACCGCACCAGACAGGCAAGGGAUAAAGAACUGGGCGAAACGGCCAGAGAACGCAAAGACUUGCCAAAAGUACAUUGCGAUCUUCAGCAUGGCGAUGAAGCAGCGAGCAGAAGAAGGGAGAUGGCAUGGCGAGUCAUGGGCGCUGCAUGAGCUUUGGGGGAAGACGACGGGGGAGGAUGCAGAGACGUACGAUUCGACGGGGCUGUUGAAGGUGCUCAACACGGUCGAGACGAUGCUCAACAAUCUACCUCUAUCGGCCAUGGCCGAGGAAUCGCCCAUCACGCCACAUACGGCCGGCUCGUCACAUCACGGGCACUUUGUCAAGCCAUCAUUUGACGUCCCAUUCACGCUCGGCGGUAAUGUCACCGGAAACGUCGGCGGAGCGGCGGCACUCGCGAGUAUGGCGGCGACGAUGAACGGCGGUGUACACAUCCACGCGGAAUCCACACCGGAGGCGAUGCGGCAGAGCAACUCGUCGGCCGAUGCGAACGCGUUCAAAUCCGUCGAGGAGCUCGUUUCGUCGGAAAAGUCGUAUGUGCAGGAACUGGAGAUCGUCGUGCGGUGCUCGCAGGAGAUGGUCGACGCCCAACUCAUCUCGACCGACCGGUGCUUUGCCAUCUUUUGCAACCUCAACAAAAUCCUCGAAUUUCACCGGAAAUUCCUCAUCAAGCUCGAGACGGAGUAUGAGCCGGUCGAGCAGUCAUCGGGACCCCGGGCAUGGGCAGAGGGAAGAUGGGGACUGCCGUUCGUUACCAGCGAGAACGAAUUUGCGGUGUAUGGUCCGUACUGCGCCAACUACCUGUUGGCGAUGCAGAUCGUCAAUGAGCAGAUGCCAAAUCUACUCCGUGGGCAAGAAUUAGGCGAGGCCGACCGGCCGUGUCUCCACCCGGAGCGCGAGCUGCAGGCGUUCAUGAUCAAGCCUAUUCAGCGGAUCACCAAGUAUCAGCUUCUCCUCGAUGCUAUCCUCAACACCACUGCCAAGCACGACUACCCCCACCGUGCCGAGCUGGAAGAAGGCGCAGCUGCCAUCCGCCGAGUCGCCAUGCAGAUCAACGACAUGACGGACAAGCAAGCCAAGCUUCAGAUCGUCAACGACCUGCUCGGCCGCGUCGAGGAUUGGAAGGGACACGAUGUGGUAAAAUUCGGCGAGCUCUUCCUCGAUGAGCACUUUACCGUCACCAAGGCGGACCAACCACGCGACUACCACGUCUUUUUGUUUGAAAAGAUGAUGCUGUGCUGCAAGGAGGUGACGCCGGACCGGAAGGAGAAGAACACCAAGUCGGCGCUGCGCAAGACCAAGGGGAGGAGUAAUACCGUGCAGGAGCCAAAGAGGCUGGCGCUCAAGGGGCGGAUAUUCGUUUGCAAUAUCAACCGAGCGACCGUUGUGCCUACGACUGGUGAGUCUGGACCUGGUAAGCUUACUAUCGCUUGGACCGUUCCACAUCGUCAUCCCAGCGGCUACGCGGAGGACGUCGAGGACUACUUUGUCAUGACGGGCAAGUCGGACGACACACUCAAGAAGUGGGCAGACAAGGUUAUGGAGCUGGCCGAGCUGGACCGGAGAAAGCAGGACGAGAUACGGACGGAACGGGAACGGAAUAACGGUCGCAUGUCGGCAUCAUCCCAGUUCCCUAGCUCCCAAUGGGCUCCACCCACGCCGGCGGUCGAAGCUCCUCCCUUCCAGUUCCCACCACCGCUGCCUGGGCACGGCGGCCAAUUCGCCGAGGACGACGAUGACGACCUCGGUUUCCGGAGCGGUCGUACGACACCCAGCAUGAGCGGUAGCUCGACCAUCCACGGAUACUACCCCACCGUCACCAAUGCUGGUCGGCGGGUACAGUCCCAGCAGGGCAUGCCACCUCAGAACCAUGCGGAACUUCGGGCACGGGCGAUGACGGAGGACCAGAACGGACCCUCCAUGACGCAGUGGCGGCAGCAGGGGCAACAACCUCAGAUGCCACCCAUGCCACGCAUGGUGUCGGCACAGUCGUCCAUGUCGGCUGCGUCAGAGGCGAGCUUCGGUCAUGCCGCCCCUCGAGGCAGUAUCAAUCGGAAUAUGAGCACCUCCCGCCUCGGUCCCUCGGAAGAGGUGGACGAAGGGUCGGAUCACACCGCCACAUACUCGCAACGCUACCCCUCGCAGCGAGGUAUGAUGGCCCGGGCUCCAUCACAGGGUAUCCCACCUACCGUCCCCUACCCCGGCUCUCUUCUCCGGAACCGCUCCGCAUCCUCCCCCAAUGUCUUCCAACAACCUCAUGUCGGGCCAUCACCGUCAUCAGGACACACCCCUAUCCUCCCCGGCACGGCCGAGUACGACUAUACCGACUCGGUCGGCAUGUCGAGCUCGUCCACUCUUGUCGGCGGGCAGUAUCAGGGCAACCGGACCUCGGGCGGAGGCAAGCGCUCGUCCAGCGAGAGCCAAUCCACCGAGACGUCCGAGUCUAGCUCGGGACCCAGUCCGGCUACUCCCUACGCCAACAAUGCUAGCGAGCUGCGGGGUUCAGUCCAGGUUGAGAGGCACGGGAGUGGGGACUUGGGUAUGGGCGGCAUCGGCGGCGGGUCAGCUAUUCUCAUCAGGGUCAAAUGUGGCGAAUGCCAAUUCUCCCUUGGUGUCCCAUCCGAGAUCACCUAUCCUAUGCUGCAUCAAAAGAUCGCCAAGAAAAUCCGGCUCUUCCGCAUCUCGGGACCCGAAUCGGCCGCUCCACUACUCAUCAAGUGGCUCGACGCGGAAGGGGACGAGAUCUCGCUCCGGUGCGAUGCGGACGUCGAGGCGAUGUUUGAAGAGGCACGCGAACUCAACUGGUCGACUAUAAAUCUGGUCGCCAAGUGA